AUGUCACGCCGCAGGCACCAACCCAAGCCUGGGGACCUGAUCGAGAUCAAGCGAUCAGUUUACCAGCACUGGGCCCUCUACCUGGGGGAUGGAUAUGUCAUCCACGUGGCAUCUACAAACGAAUGGAUCCCACUCCAGUUAGCUGAGAUUGUGACAAUAUUUACAAGAAAGGCCAAGGUGAAGAAGCAGCUCCUGAAGGAGGGGGUGGGAAAUAAUGACUGGGAGAUCCACAAGUAUGACCGUUCCCACACUCCCUUUCCAGUGGAGGAGAUCAUCAAGCGUGCUGAGAGCUACAUUGACAGGGAAGUGACCUAUGAUUUGCCUGACAAAAACUGUGAGCACUUUUGA